AUGUCUAUAAGCAAACGAAACUUUUUAUUUUUUAUGAAAAGUCCAAAAUUUUCGGAUUUGUUAAUUGUUUACCUAGAUAUUAACAAUUGUUACAAAGAUGAAUUUGAUACAUGUCCUGAAACGCAGUUUGAUUUUUCAAAACAGAAGGAAAAUCGCACUCAAAGAAUACUGAAAUGCCGCCAACUAAUUUUUAGUGAGGAAAAUAUUAUUGCUUCACCUGAUUACGAUAGGCUACAGAAAAUUGUGGCUGUAAUACCAAAAAUUAGAUAUAACAUGCCAGAAUUUAAAGAACGUAUACAGAAGAUGAAUUUGUUUAUCCUCUCCUGUCGUGAAGUUGAUACUUCUGUUUUAGAGGCAUGCAUUCAGUAUACAGCGAUGGCAAAAAUGGCUCCAUCUUGGAAUGUAGUAAAUAACCUUUUAGUUCAAGGUCGAGAUUUUUUAAUUUCCAAUGGUCGUUUAACAGCUGUAGAAUUGAAUAUGUCUGCUUCUGAAAACGAAAUUAUCCUUUGCAUCAAACCACUCAAUGUUGUGAUUCCACAUGGCAGG